UGACAAGGUAUUUCUCGGCGGUAACCCGAGGCGCAGCCCCAUCUCCUCCGUCUCGGCGGGGCGGACAAGUUAAUUCCCCAGAUUUAUGCGCCCCCCGAGUCCCAGCAUCUGCUGCGGGCGGGGGACGGAGGACGGCGCAGCCGGGGCAGGGGGUGCUCGUCGCUGCCGGGGCCGGGCACAGGUGCGGGGCCUCCGCCCGCUUAUAAAUCCCCCGGUGGCGGGGAGGGGCGUCCCGGUUUCCCCUGCCGGGACUCCGCGGGAUGCUGCGCCCUCCCUCCCGCCGGCAGCAUGAGCCCGUCCUUUCUCCUCCUCCUCGCCCUCCUCGCCCUGCCCGCCCGCUCCCGGAGGGAGCAGGUGCCCGGCGGGGCGCAGCCGGGGCCGGCGGAACGCAACGCCCCUGCGCUUUCCUCCUCCUCCUCGGCGGCAAGGCCGAGUCGCUUCCCGCGGAGCCGCCCGGGGCGGCGGCGGGGCCGGCUGUACUGCCGGGUGGGCAUCGGCUUCCACCUCCAGCUGCACCCCGACGGCCGGGUGGACGGCGCCCACGAUGCCAGCCUGCUCAGUGUUUUGGAAAUAUUUGCUGUGUCUCAGGGGAUUGUAGGAAUACGAGGAGUUUUCAGCAACAAAUUUUUAGCGAUGUCAAAAAAAGGAAAACUCCAUGCAAGUGCCCGGUUCACGGCAGACUGCCACUUUCGGGAGCGCUUCCAGGAGAACAGCUACAACACCUAUGCCUCGGCUGUGCACCGCAGCCCACGGUCGGGCCGUGAGUGGUAUGUGGCACUCAACAAGCGGGGCAAAGCCAAACGCGGCUGCAGCCCCCGUGCCAGACCCCAGCAUGUCUCCACACACUUCCUCCCCCGAUUUCGGCAGCCUCAGCCUCCUGAGCUUGCCUUCACCGUCACCCUUCCUGAAAAGAAGCGCCCACCGCCAAAACUGAAGGUUGCCCCGUCGCCACCUCGAAAAAGCCCUGGCCUUGUCAAGUACCGUCUGAAGUUUCGCUUUGGGUAGCUGCAUCAUGAUGGGGAUGCCAGCAUGGGAGAGACCGGACACUUGGGUGGCUUUUCAGGGGUGACCCUGCGGGACACCUGCAUUCCUUCUCCCUGGGGAAGCUCCAGGCAGCGGUGCUGGACUUGUGGUUUUCUCUUCAUCCUGUAAAUCAGAGGGCACUCUUGGAGGUGUGCACUGGGACAACAUAAUUUGGGCUUUCCAAAGAGUAUUUCCUGUGGUGAACAGAAAACACUUUAUGGAUUUUGGGUUAAUUUUCUGUUGUUGAAAGAAGCAGAAAGGUACCUCUAUGGCAAACAUAUUUUCUUACCUUAUUUUCACUAGUGCCUCUUCUGACAAUCAUUUUCAUACAAGAGAUAUAUUUGGAGCCAACCUAUUAAGUGCUUGUUUUGUUUUGUUGGGGUUUUUUUGCGUCUCCUUUUCGCUGCACUUUUUUCUUCCAACCAUACCUCAGACAUCCAGGUCCGCCCCUUCCCCUUUGCUUACAAACCAGCUCCUCGAUUCUACAACAAAAUAACAAGACCAAGCCCAACAAAUUCAUUCACCUUACCAUCUGCGGUGCAAGAAGGUCUUAAAACUCUUUGUUUGCAAUAAUAUAGACAGAUAGUUUUGUGGUUUGGUUUUUUUUAAGGCUUGCAGACUUGGGGAGGGUGGCUGUUUGCAGCCCCGCAGCCGUGCUCCUGGUGAUCUCUCUUGCUCUUUCCUGGACAGCUGGAUGAGCGAGUCUCCUUCUGUCCAUCAAAGUAUUGCUUCAAUAUCUGUGUUUAAAAUACCUCUAUCCUGGCCCCGUGGCAUUCCUGUUAGUGCCAGGAGGGAACCGCGCCAAUAGCCCUCCCCGGCUGGUGGCCGGGGGGAGCCACUCCAAGCCACUGCUCCCUGGAGAUGGGGACAUGUUUGCUAGGAGGAGCCCACUGGUUUAUUCUGACAGUUUGUGCUGCUGAUUUGUUAUUCACUUGGGUGUGGGAGGGGAAGGUUUUCGUUUUAUAGCAGCUGUAGCAAUGUGGCAAUAAACGCUGUUACAGCUACUUGUAUCUUCAGAAGUUUUUUUCCUCACCCAGGCUGUCCUGACCAUAGAAUUGUAUUUUCGUCAUGGUGUUACCUGUGGAGCAAUUGUGCGUAUGGAGUUUUUAGUCAGCAUUUAGCUGUGUUGUGUACAUACAGAAAACGGUAGCAUUGAACCUCACUGGUUAAGCCUUAAUAGGAGCCCAGGCAGCCUCAUGUCAGAAAACCCCCUCCUGGCUUGAGCCCUCCUAGUCUUCUAGUUGUCGAUUAGCAAUAACUGUUGAACCUUUUCUUAAAAUCUGAUCAUCAUACAAAACAUUAUUCCCAUUUAAAGUGAGGUUCUCCACCCAUUGUCCUUCUGGGCAGCCUCUGUCCAGAUGCAUCAGCUCCAAGUGGCAACAAAUGAUUUUUGUACAAGGGUGUGAGUUCCACAUGCAGGGAUGGACGGUGAUGCCAGAAUAAAGUAUAACCAUGCUUCAUUUUAUAAAA